AUGGAGACUGAAACCAGUUUUUUUCAAAUAGCUCCUCCUGUCUUCGAUGGUGAGAAUUACCAACUUUGGGCGGUGAGAAUGGAGACCUACCUUGAGGCUUUGGAUCUUUGGGAGGUUGUGGAAGAGGAUUAUGAAAUUCCCCCACUACCAAAUAAUACCACCAUGGCCCAAAUCAAGAGUCACAGGGAAAAGAAAACGAGAAAAUCCAAGGCUAAAGCAACUCUAUUUGAUAUUGUUUUGACAACAAUUUUUACAAGAAUUAUGUCUCUCAAAUCAGCAAAAGAGGUCUGGGAUUAUCUCAAAGAAGAAUAUGCAAGAGAUGAAAGGAUACAAGACAUGCAAGUGCUCAAUUUAAUAAGAGAAUUUGAGUUGCAAAGGAUGAAAGAGUCUGAAACAAUCAAAGAGUAUUCAGAUAGAUUGCUUGGCAUCGUCAAUAAGGUGAGGUUGCUUGGAACCAAAUUUCUUGAUUCAAGAAUUGUUGAAAAAAUUCUUGUAACGGUGCCCGAAAUAUAUGAAGCAUCUAUAACCACCUUGGAGAACACUAAAGAUAUGUCCAAGAUUACCUUGGCGGAAUUGUUAAAUGCUCUACAGGCACAAGAACAACGAAGGCUUAUGAGGCAAGAUCGUCACGUAGAGGGAGCUUUGCCCGCCAAACAUGAAGAUGGUGGAAGAUACAAAAAGAAGAAGAAUAAGAAGUACCGGCCAGCAGAUGGAGAAGGUGCAACUCGCAAAAACAAAAGCAAAACAUGUAGCUCAAAAGGAAACUACCCUCCUUGUAAGCACUGUGGCAAGACCGGACAAGCAACAUAUAAGUGUUGGAAAAGGAACAAAAUUCAACAGCAGGAUGCGGAUGCUCGGGUUGUUAAUGAACAGGAGGAGGAUCAACUCUUUGUCGCAUCAUGUUUUACAAAUAAUAUUUCAAGCGAGUCUUGGUUGAUCGAUAGCGGAUGCAUAAAUCACAUGACUUGUGAUAACGAACUCUUCAAGGAAUUAAAGCCUACUCGAGCUAAAAAGGUUAGAAUAGGCAAUGUCAGUCAUAUUCCAGCAAAAGGAAUAGGCACCAUUGCAAUUGAGACACAAUCAGGUACUAAAACAAUAUAUGAUGUUCUUAAUGAUCCCUCGGGGAAAGACUUGUUUAAAGUCAAAAUGAGAGGCAGAAAUUUCUCAUUAGAUCUAUUUGAAGAGCGAAUGGUGUAUUCAGCAAAAGAAGAUGUUGCUGAGUUAUGGCAUAAGAGACUCGGUCACUAUCACUAUCAUGAGAUUGUCAAAAUGCAAAAAUUGAAGAUGCUUACAACACCAUAUACUCCAGAACAAAAUGGAGUUAGUGAAAGAAGAAAUAGGUCAAUAAUGGAGAUGGCCAAAUGUAUGUUGCAUGAGAAAGAGUUGCCUAAAACUUUUUGGGUUGAGGCAACGAAUACUGCAGUUUUUCUGCAAAAUCGGCUUCCAAUGAAGGCUUUGGAAGAUAAAACCCCAUUUGAAACUUGGUACGGGUUUAAACCUUCACUGAGUUUUCUUAAAGUGUUGGUUGUGUGUGCUUUGCUCAUGUUCUUCAGGUUAAGCGUGAUAAAUUGGACAAGAAGGCAAUUUCAGGCAUCCUUGUGGGCUACAGUUUAG